AUGCGCCGGACAACUACAUUACGGACGGCACCAGGACAGACUGAUGAGUUAGACACGCCUCAAUCAUUUACAUUACAUUAUUCCUGUUUAAGCAAGAUGUCCAAAGACUCCUCCUCAACGUACCUACACAUGCACCACCCCCGUCUAGUAGACCACUUCGAAGACUUCACCCGCCCACACACCUCCCUCUCCUCCAACGCGACCAACACCACCCAGAACCUCAGCACAACCAUCAACGGAACCGUCACCACCGCCACCGGCGCAACAGUCACCUACGGAGCAACAAGCACGCCUUCCAGCACCAUCCCCUCCUUCCUGCCCAUCGAAGAAGUCUACCUACCACCUCAUUAUCAACCCAUCAACCCUGAAGAUGAGGACGAUGUCGUGCCCGAUCAACACGCAGCGUUUGGGAUUGCGAGGGCCAUGGAUGCGGCGGGGAGGAGGAGGGUGGAGCCUGUUUGGAGGGAUUUGGGAUUGCAGGAAUUGGUGAGAGGGGAGACGCUUGCGAUUGGAGGGGCGCAGAGGAUGGUCUUGAGGGGGACUGCUGCAACGGCUGGUGGUGGUGGUGGUGGUAGUACGACGGCGGGAGGCGUGUCUUUCGGAUUUUCGAGUGCUGCGGCGGGGUUGAGAGUCAGGGAGUCAGGGAGUUUGAUGGGUGGGAGGAGGGUUAGGUGUUUGCGUUGA